UAGGCUUGGCCCAGUGCACCGCCAAAAUUUCAGGGCAGCCCCAUGUGGCCUGAGAAGGGACCUCAAAUGAGGCCCAGGCAGCCCAUGGGGAAAAACUGGAGCAGAGGGUUGGAGGCAGCAGGACCCAGGCCCUCAGCUGCUCUCUCCUGUCCUGAGGCCAUCUGAUAAGUCAAGGAAGGAUGAGGAAAUAAAGCAGCCAGACUGGGUGUCAGGCCAAGGGGAGGGCAAUUCUCCCCUCCCCAAGGUAAUACUGCUCUGCUGUGAAAACUCAGAGUCACCGUGGCAUGCCCCAAGCCCAGCCCUGGGAGGAGCCAGCCCUUUAUAGGCAUGGGGCUGCUCCCUGUUAACACACCCUCUGCCUCCUUCCCCUCAUACCUGUGGGCUCUGCUAAUGAGGGUCUGUCACCAGGUCCCAGGACUGAGUCACCCACCCAGCAACAGGUCUCUUCCUUUCCCAACAAUUGUUUCAAUAACUGCCACCUUCGCUGCGCCCCUCCUUCCCAGACACACUGGGGGCCGGGGAGCCAGGCCUAUCUGCUAGGGCCCAGGGCGGUGGGGAAAAAGGAGGCAGCCUGGUGACACACACAGCAGGGCUGUCCCCAGACGAGUCCCCAGAGGAAUUUCAGCUCCCCAGCGCCCUGGGGUGUUGGCCACAGCGGCCCCAAUCCUUGCAUGCGGAUGCUGCAAUUACCUCAGAGCAUGAAACCUGGCUCCCCACCUGACUGAGUCAGCUGAGAACAACAACACACCUCCACGGCACACACCAGCACAACCAGCUGGGCACUAAUCAGAGUCGGAGAGCCUUGGCAGAGAGGCACAGAGGCCAGCCAGGGAGAGCGGAAGAGCCGUGGGCCGCGAGGCGCAGGGGCUGGGGAAGGACGGCUGCUCCUGCCAGCCCUCCCCGCCAGCCUGAGAAGAUCCAUCUCUGACCUCCCCAGAGCCGCCCUCACUCCAGUUCCAGACCUCGUAUCACCGUCAAAGAUGCUGGCCCAAGCUCUGUGCUGAGCAGAAAACUGGAGGCCUCUGCUGGAAGCCCACGUGGGCUGUCUCCCUGAUGCUCAUCAUUCACGGCUCCAGUAGGGUCCAGAUGGUCCCUUAGCCACUCCUGAACUGGGCUUCUAAGGUGCCAGGCUGGUCUGCUGGCUCCCUGGGUCCCAUGGAGACCUGGCGGAAAGGCUCCUUCCGCAAUGCCUCCUUCUUCAAGCGGCUGAGCCUAGGGCGGCCGAGGCGACUCCGACGACAGGGCAGCGUGUUGAGCCAGGCCAGCAUGGCUGGCGGGGACCAUGAGGAGUACAGCAACCGAGAGGUCGUCCGGGAGCUUCAAGGGAGGCCGGAUGGCCGGCGCCUACCACUGUGGGGGGACGAGCAGCCCCGAGCCACGCUGCUGGCCCCACCCAAGCCCCCACGCCUCUACCGCCUCUACGGAGAGAGCUCCAGCUGCCCCAACAUCCUGGAGCCCCCCCCUGCCUACACCACUGCCUACUCGACUACCCUGCCCUCAGCACUCUCCCUGGGAGGCGCCCUCCAUGAAUACUCUGAGGAGGAACUUUUGGACACCCCCACCUUCCAGAGGACACCUGCUCCGGACCUCAAUGACCCCUUCUUCUCCUUCAAAGUGGACCUGGGGAUUUCACUUCUUGAGGAAGUUCUACAGAUGCUGAGGGAGCAAUUUCCCAGUGAGCCCAGCUUCUGAAUGGGGUGAGGGGUGGGCAGAGGUGGGGUGACUGGAAGAGCUGGAAGCCUGGGGACCGCAGGGAAGGAGGGCAUAGUUGUGGAUUAAGAAAAAGGUGGAGAUAGGAAUCCAGGGCCCUGCCUGCCCUCUGGGUCCUCAAUAGUCCUCCAGGUCACCCCAGAGUGGAUGGACAGGAGCAGAGGCAAGCUGGAAAUGUUGCUGACAAGAGCUCUGAAGGCAGCUGGCUAGGCUGGGACCAGGCAGAGGCCAGCAGAGGGGGAGGGCAGCACAAGGUGUGAGUCAGGCAGUGGAGGACACACAGACUAGACAGAUCAGAUGGGUGCCCCCCACCCCCACCCCCCAGUCCUCUCUGUAGCCACUACCAACAGAGAGAGGUUACAGGACAGGUCUAGGCAAAAGCAGUCCAACUCAGGCAGAAGAGGAAGGUGGGGAAACCUGAGGGGAGAGGGGACAGACAGGCUUGACCUCGUCCAAUAUGGCAGCCACUAGCUACACGUGGCUGUUUACAUUUAAAUAACUGAAACUAAGUAAAAUUAAAAAAUUUAGCUCCUCAGCUGCACUAGCUGCAUAUCAAAUGCUCAGCAGCCAUACCUGACAAACAGCUACCACAGAGGACAGGUCAGGGCGGACAUUAACAUCAUGAGAAAGCUCUGUUGGAGAGCGCUGGCCUAGACCAUGGCUGGAACCAGCAGUGACAUGAUGGGGAAAGGGAGGCAUAGGAGCCUGCAGCAGCAGGGAGGGGCUGGCAGAGUAGGGAGAGCGAGGCAUGCAGAGAUACGAAGUAUAGGAGUAUAACUCGGGAAGAAGGCCACACAAAUCAUUAGCAGGAAAGGGGGCAUGAGAGACUCAUGCUGCCAACACAGCUGCCUGGAGCGCUGCCUGAGGAAGGUGGCUCCAGGGAAUGCCAACUGAAGGCACAGGCACAGCUUGCAAAGGGCCACUAUGGGGAGUCCCCAGCAUUACUAACGAUGGAAGCCCUUGGGAAAUGCAGCAAAAACAGCGGCAGAUUUCUCUCCUUCCAGCCACCAUGAGAACAUAGGAGGACUGACCAGGGGAUGGACAAGAAAUUCGUGGCUGUUACUGUGACGUGAUCUC